CACUGUUAAAAAUCUGAACCUCAUAACUCAAAUCAACCUGAACGGUUGUUGCUCUCACAGAUGUUUCCCUGGUCGGUGGUGUUCUCCCUGGAGCCCAAGGUUCCCGGCCAGCGCACUCCAGAGGAGCUGGUGACCAACACUUUGAUGCUGGAGCUGGGCGCCAUGGUGAAGCGUACCGAGCGGAUCCGUCUGGAGAAGGCAGCAGAGACUCGCAGACGGCGCAACUCUUCCUCUGCAGACUACAGCUGGCUGGCGGGGCCUCAGCCACACGUCCCCUACGAGCUCACGCCAGGAGACGUGCUGGAGCUGCAGGAGCUCUGCGCUCAGAUCCCACCUCAACAGUGCGGCCCGGUCAUUGUCAGGUUCAGGAAGCUGGUGUCAGAGUUUGAGCCGGAGGUGCAAGAUGUCCCCAAACUGUUCCGGGGCGUCCUAAGAAACUGCCUUGAUGAGCUUCAAGGAGACGCAGAGCUCCAGAAUCGGGUGAACCGUUGGGAAAAACAGCGCAGCAAGAGUCUCUCCUUCGUCACGUUUCGAUCCAAGUUCCGCACCCUGAACCGUGGGAGGGGAAGCUUCGGUGGUUCCCGCAACAACCUGCAAGAGGAAAACACAUGGUCCGAUGAAGAAGAGGAAGCAGCCGAGCAGGUGACAACCGCCAUGCGCACCAGGAAGGGACGGAGCCUCAGCAUGCCAGAGAUCACUCCUCUUGAGCAGGCAGCCCAGAGCUGAAGGAAAAGAUGGAGGAAAGAGGAGAGAAGGAUUUGAAGAGCUUGAAGGAAAUGUAGCCUUCGAGGAAA